GGAAAGCUCAGGCAGAAGGUGGAUCAGCUCGGACAUCACUUCUUAUUUUAGUGACCAUCUUCUUAUCAGCUGCUUUCCUUAUGUUCCUGGUAUAUAAAAAUUUCCCACAACUCAGUGUAGAAGAAAGAGAAUGUAUAAAGGUUCCUAGAGAUAUGGAUGAUGCAAAGGCCUUGGGAAAAGUCCUGUCCAAAUAUAAGGACACAUUUUAUGUUCAAGUAUUAGUGGCUUAUUUUGCCACAUAUGUUUUCUUGCAAACAUUUGCUAUCCCUGGGUCUAUAUUUCUCAGUAUCCUGUCAGGGUUUCUUUAUCCCUUUCCGCUGGCCUUAUUUCUUGUUUGUCUGUGCUCAGGACUUGGAGCUUCAUUCUGCUACAUGCUUUCAUACUUAGUGGGACGUCCUGUUGUAUACAGAUAUUUAACAGAAAAAGCAGUAAAAUGGUCAGAACAGGUUGAACGGCACAGAGAACACCUCAUUAACUACAUAAUAUUUUUGAGAAUAACACCUUUCCUUCCCAAUUGGUUUAUCAAUAUAACAUCUCCUGUAAUUAAUGUGCCAUUGAAAGUAUUUUUCAUUGGCACUUUUCUAGGUGUGGCACCGCCGUCUUUUGUAGCCAUUAAGGCAGGAACAACGCUGUACCAACUUACAACAGCAGGGGAAGCUGUUUCCUGGAACUCUGUUUUUGUUCUCAUGAUCCUAGCUAUCCUCUCCAUCCUACCAGCUGUCUUCCAGAAGAAACUGAAACAGAAGUUUGAAUAAGGAUCAAACUGGACCAGAAUUUCCCAUACUUCAUCUCAGGAUCAGCACUUCUGAUAUUUGUAUAUUUGCUUUUCUAUUGGAUCUUAAGCAAUUAAAGGGGAGGCUUGUAAUUGAGAAGAAUGUCUUUAAAUGAACACAUGUCCUAAAAUAGAAGGAACUGUGUUCAGAAAUGUACUGCAUAUAGUUUUGUAACCAAACCAUCAGUGAUUUACUUUGGGGAGGGUGUGUGGGGGGCCUUCAGGAUGAGGGGAAGUGAAAACACAGAUGUAACAUUUUGCUCUGAUUAUCUGCAGAACAAAAAUUGUAAUGUAGACAUAAAUUUGCGGGGGAAAAAACCCUUAAUUAUUCAGUCCAAUUUUGUAACAUUCUAUGUUGGCUUGCAUGUAACCUGGUCUGAGUACAUUUCUCAUUAACAAUAUUUCUUUUGUUCCUUUUGGAGUUCCAAAAUAAUAGCAUAGUAACGGUGCUCACUCAACAAAGGUUUUUUGCAGUACGUUAACUAC